AUGGCAUCGACCGCCGCCCAGGACGAAUACGACGACCUCAUUGCCAAAAACUCUGCUCGCGAAUCCCUCCAUCCAGAAGAUCGCGUCGAGGCGACAGACUCCUCCUCCCGGGAAGACGAGCUCGACGAGGAGACUGCGCACCGCAACGCAAAGAUUGAAGCAGCCAUGCGAACCUCCACCACAACUACCGCUGCAGAGCUGAGACUCCCCCCCGCUUCCUUUGACAGUGGACGCUCGACCGGCGUCAAGGGCGUCAUUGCCGAUGCCAGGAGUUUCGAGACUGCCCGCAAGUCGAGAUGGGUGGACAGAGUCAGGACUGCCCGGUGCAGCGUGCUCGGCGGCGUUGCGCAAAGCACGCAAAGCACGCAAGGCGGCGCCGGCGGCAAGAGCGAGAGCGAGACGGAUUCCGACGGUCACAGCCUAGACGCCUCUGGUGAAGAGGCCUUCUUGCGGCAGUGGCGAGAAACUCGACGCCAAGAACUCGAGACCGAGACCAACAGGGCCGUACGCACAAGGCGGACCAGCCCGAGCAUGCGAGUGUACGGUCGAAUGGAAGAGGUGGAUGCCUUGGGAUACCUCGACGCCAUUGAAAAAGUCGGCCGAGACACCACCGUGGUUGUCUUUGUCUACGAUCACGAGUGUCAUGUCUCUGCCACCAUCGAGUCAGCCUUGCUGCCUCUGGUGCAGAAAAACACGGCGAUUCGCUUCAUCAAGGUACACUACGAGGACAUUGAGUUUGACAACGCGGCUGUCCCAGCCUUGCUGGCGUACCGUAACCAGGGCGACCUGUUUGCCAACCUGACUGGCAUCAUCGAGAUGAUGCCUGACGAAGAGCCUGUUGGCACCCCCUCGCUCACGACCCUGCUCGAGAAGCACCACGUGCUGUAA